UAAGUCACAAAGAACUAGUUUCAGAUGUUUUGUGACCCACAGUUUCUAGCUUUCCACAGAUGUUUUCUACCCAUAAUUUUGUCUCUCUAUAAUAAUUAGGGUAUGUUUUUAAAGAGAAGUGAAAUUUAGGUUUCUAUUCCUAAAGAUUGAAUGAAUAACUGAAAAAAAAAGAAACUAUGUGUAAAGUUGGGAUCCUGAACAACUAGCUGGGAACGUUGGAUAGUAUAGAAAAUAAUUUUUUUACAAGAUAUAUACUUGGGGUUCAAGAUAAUAUUUUAACCAACUUAAGAACAAGUAAUUGGGAAUGUUUAGUAAUAUGGAAAUAUUUUUUCCACAAGAUAUCUAAGAUAGGUGAGUCAAGGUGGAGAUGACUUUCCAUUAACCAUUCAUCUAUUAUCAAUAAAAUUGCAAGAGUAAAAAAAUCAAAGUUUUAUAUAUUUUACCCUUUUAACCUAUGUUCAUAUGCAUACAAAAAAGUCAGUGUAAAUAAAUGUCAUGCUAAUGUCAGAUCUUUAUAUUAUAAAGAACAAGCAGAUGCUAAACGAGUGGGAUGCUGGUAGAAUCAUGCUGAUUCACAUUAGCUCGUAGUAAAUCUUCCUCCAUUUCCUAUAAAUCUUCACAUCUGACCUUGCUAGUCUACUUGUAGAUUGCUUGGAGAAUAGUGUGACACUGACACUGGAGAAAGAAACAAGGUGGGACUGUAGACAGCCUUCUUAUGUAACCAUAGGUGGAGAUAAGGAGUGAAGCUUUUAUCUAAUACCCUUUAAUAAAUCAAAUUCAGAGUAUCUUAAUAAUGUUUGAUUAUGUUUCUGUGGCCUUUGUAUGGUAAACUAUUUUAACAUAACUGAUUCUUUUUAUCACAGAAAUUUAAAUAUCUACUUUUUCCUCUUUGGAGGUUGAAUUGUGUAACACGGGUUGGCAUUGCCACUGAGCAGAAGAUCUUAAUCAGCACAAAAGGUUGAUUUUGAGACUGAGUCCACGAAAGAGGAAGACGAGUCACAGCACAACCCCCGCUUUAGAGUGUCACGUUGGGUGGGUGAUGGAUUCCAGGGACCAUGGGCCAAGACCACCCUCUGUCAGCAGUUCAAAUGCUUCACCUUCAGAAGCUGCACCACUCACAGGAAGCUGCAGCUGCAUGCCUCAAUCAUUCCCAAAGUUUGAGCAUCCUUCUCAUGAACUCCUGAAGGAAAAUGGCUUUACCCAACAAGUGUACCAGAAGUAUCGUCGAAGGUGCUUAGGUGAGAGAAAACGCUUGGGAAUUGGACAGUCCCAGGAAAUGAACACCCUCUUUCGUUUCUGGUCCUUCUUCCUCAGAGACCACUUCAAUAGGAAAAUGUAUGAGGAAUUUAGACAACUUGCUUGGGAAGAUGCAAAAGAGAAUUACAGGUAUGGGUUAGAAUGUCUGUUCAGGUUUUAUAGUUAUGGACUGGAAAAAAAAUUCAGACAAGAAAUUUUUAAGGAUUUUCAAGAAGAAACCAAAAAAGACUACGAAUCUGGUCAGCUGUAUGGACUGGAAAAAUUUUGGGCCUAUCUGAAAUAUUCUCAAUCUAAGACCCAGUCUAUUGACCCGAAACUUCAGGAAUACCUCUGCAGUUUUAAGAAGUUAGAAGACUUCCGUGUUGAUCCCCCUACCAGUGAGGAAUUUGGAAGAAAAAGACAUCCAUCUACUUCUGGGGAGGAGAGUAGUCACCACACACUUCCGUCCCACUGUUCAACACCACCAAGUGCUGCUGAGCCUGCAUCUGCCAGGGAGCUGCAGUCCCAACAAGGAUGCGCAGGAGAAAGGCACAGGAGCCCAGUGACAAUUCACAGUGACAGUGCGGCCUUGGCCUCUAGGGGUGAAGCACCAGGGAAGCGAUGCUGACACAAAAGUCAUGCGUUCUUGAAGUCAGCAUUGGCUUCAAUGUGUAUGCGGGUAGAUCUUCGGAUGUUUAAUUGUGAUAAUCAGAAAAACAAAAAGGAAAAAAGAUUGUGUCCUUUUUUCCUAGCAAGAUGAAUUCCCCAUGUUUUCUCUGAUUCCACAAACAAGGCCUGGUUAACCUUAGGAUCCUGUGGGACCUUUGCCGUCAGGUUUCCUUGAAGGGCACUGUUUACAAGAAUUCCUUUAUUACAUUUAAACACACACAGGAACACCUGACGUUCCGGCACAUUCCUCUUACAGGAGAUACAGGGUGUUGUAGUCAUCUACAGAGUCAGUCGUCUCCCUGCUCAUCCCUGUUUGAACAUGUCAAAAGCAAGGGGGGUUAUGUACAUAGGUUUUAAAUUCAGAAACGGAUAUGAAACAUACUUUUAUUUUUUCUUGUAUAUACUUAAUUUGAAGGAGAUUUUCCUUUCC